CAACACGACACGCAGUCUUCAAGUUCAGUGCAAAUACCAUCUGGCCAUUGGAUUGUAUAAUACGUUCUCAUCGCAAGUCUUCGUAAUCAAAGGAGGUGACGAUAAAUCUAAGAUUAAUCAUGGAUUUUCGUACGUUUUGUUGGUUUCUUUUCACGCUCGUCGCCUUCCAUAGUUUCAAAACUAUCAAUGCUGUUAACAAAUCAACGCUGUGUGUAGCCGAAACUGCACAAUCUGCACGCAAGAUACAUAAAUACUGUUCGAAACUAACUUUUAGUCCGAUACAAUGUAUCAUGGAUGUCGACAGGUUCGGUUGUUUACGUCAAAUAAUCAUGGACAAGGCCGAUUUCACUGUAAUGGAACCGGAAGAUCUCAUAGCUUUAAGAAACUACAAUACAUACAAUAUUCUAAUCACAAAUGAGUUAAGAUUUCAACCAACUGAAGCGCAAGUUGAAAUAGUGGCUAUUGCACACAAAAAUGUGCAACAUAUGUGGAAUCUUAAAGGUAAACGAUUAUGUUAUCCGGGUUUCGAUAUUGGCAACGAUAUCACUAAAGUUUUCUUAACGUACUUCGAAAACUUUAUAAUCCCUAAAAAAUGUCAUCCCGACAAGACACUAUUCGAGAACAGAGUUUAUGCUUUAUCCGAUCACUUUGAAAUGGCUUGCAUUGCAGGCCCAUGGGCUUCCGAUACAGCAUUUGAUUAUAAAUUGAAAUCGAAAUAUAGAAAUCUCUGCGGAGCAUGCAGUAAUCCGGCCGGUUGUUACAGCAACGACAAGUACUACGGAUGGGAAGGUGCUUUGAUAUGUCUCACCGAUAAUGUUGGCGACGUUGCCUGGAUCAGAUUAGACCAAGCUAAGCUGCAUUUUAAGAAAUUCCAGAAGGCCGACAUAGAUGACUACAGAUUCUUGUGCCUGGACGGUACCACGCGACCGCUCAAUUUCAAUGAACCUUGCACCUGGAUAUCAAGACCAUGGCCAGUCAUCGUAGCUAAAUCACAAAAAGCCAUGAAAAUCACCCAAAUAAUGAACACGACAUCGUCACUCGAUUGGCAAAUGAUCCUGCUGCAGUUGAUGGAGAAUUAUUAUAUCAAUCCGACUAGUGUAGGCUUGGAUGCACCCGAUGAUUACUUACGUCGAUUUCCAAAUUUCCUGAGUGCCAAUAUCCGAUCGGGUUGUCGGCCCUCGAGAGAAGUGCGAUGGUGUCUCACAUCCGAUAUAGAGAAGCGCAAGUGUAAUUGGUUACGUGAUGUAUCUAUUGCUUACGGUGUAGAGCCAACUAUCUCCUGCGUCCAGGUAAGCAGCAGAGCAUUGUGCUUGGCGGCUAUCCGAAAACAACGAGCGGACGUCUUUAUGGCGUUACCUGAAGAACUUCUCAUGGCUAGGAAGAUGGGCCUGAGGACUAUAGUCCGGGCGACGACCAACACCAGACAGGAAAUGAACAGAAUCGCGGCGGUCGUUAUGAAAAACUCAACGUUCAAGAUCCUGAAAGAUCUCAAAGGUGCCAGAGCGUCCUUCACGGGUUACAAAAGUGUCGGCUGGAAUGUUUUCACGAUGUGGUUGAAAAAUGAGUUGGGUGAAAAUCAAGAUUGCUCGGAUGCACGGACUAUUGCGAAUUUUUUUAAGGACAGCUGCGUUCUUGGUUGGCAUAGCAAAGAAUUUCCGAGUAAUUUAUAUUCCUUGUGCAAACAAGGUGCAGAGCAAGCAGGCGAUGAUCUAAGCGCUUUUGAAUACUUGACUUCCGGUCGCGUUGACGUUGCUUUCGUCAACCUGAAGGUGGUGGAAAAGAAGACAAAAGUUGGUGAGUUUGAUCAUGAGAAAAUCGAUUAUAGGAACGCAAACCAAGUAUCGAAAUAUAGAGUGUUGGGUUCAACUUGGAUGAAUAAAACUCCAUAUCUACUUGCUUGGAUAGCUCAUGGCUCGAUAGUAGCGCACGAAAAUAUCACGAAUCUGAGACGCCAGGAGAUCUAUUCGAUGCUGCUCGAGAUGGACAAGUUAUUCGGGAAAAGCAUCGACGGACGUGCGCCUGCAUUCUCAUUGUAUGACUCUUACGAUGGUAAUCCCGGUGUCAUCUUCCCCGUGGGCACACGUGUGUUAGAGUUAUAUGGCCAUCAGACACUAUACAAAUACAAGGAAAACAGUUACGACCAAAUUGUAGACAACAUCGUGAAGCAAGAAGCUUGUAGUGCCGCAAACGUAUGGAUUCCUCAUCUUCUGGAAGUUGUUCCUUUGUGUGUAAUUGUUAUUGUUUUAAGUUAAUUAUUCAACUGGCAAUUACGAGUAUGUUCUCUAUAAUAAUUUAGUAUCAUUGCAAGACAAAACAAUCAUUCGAUAGUUUACAAUAGUCGCUCACAAUCAAUGAUUUUGGCUGAUUUUCUACGAGAAAGUAAGCGUUUGUCUACAUAAAGCUUCAUAAAAAAAUUUAUUCAAAAAAUCGCAAAAUAAUAACAUAUUCUUCUCCGCUCUAUGUUUGUAUAAUUUUUGACAUGCCAUGUUAAUUAAAUAGUUGAAUAGCAGAAUAUUCGAAGCACAAUAUUUUGCUUAGCGAACUAUACAUAUAUUGUAGUAUAAAUCAUUUAAUAAUGUUACAUCUGUGCAAUUAUAUAUAUGAAUAUAUAUAUACAAUAUAUAGGUAAAUUAGAUAUUUUACAUUGCGAGAUAAGGCAGUCAAAAGUUAUCCAAAUUUGAAAAUGAUAAAAAAAUAUUUGCUGAUCUUUUAAUUAAAUUUUAUGAUGAAACUUUACAUGAAAACACUUUAUUUUACGUUUUCGAUUUUCCCGUAUCUUUUUUGCUUAUUCUAUCAUAUCUUAUCGCUUAUCGUUUUCCCGGUUGCAAUAACAGAUUAUUAAUAAUACAGAAUGUGAUACCAAAUCGAAUAGAUAGUAUAUAAAAGUUUAUGUAUAUUUCAACUGUACAAUCUCAUACCAUUGAGUUUUUGUUGAUUAUUAUGUGAUUAUAUGUGUGUGUAUAUGUAUGUAACAUAUUUUCUAUAUACUACAUAAAUGUACGUAUAAAUGUGUUAUAAAUAUUUUUUAUCUACA